UAAGCCGUGGCACCUUCGUCCACACUUCACUCUUUGUCCUCUCUCUCUUGCAGUCCCAAUUUUCUUUCUUUCUUUUUGUUCAAUCGGCAGAUUAAUUCAUUCUCUUUAAUCUGUGCCAGUAAUUGAAGAUGGUGGUUUCUGAAAACAAACCUGUUCUUAAGUUUCUUUUAGUGUAUCUCCUCAUCCAAUUCUCAGUCACCGCUGGUAAUUUCUUCCAACCAUUCAACGUUACUUACGACCACAGAGCUCUGAUCAUCGAUGGCAACCGCCGCAUGCUUAUUUCCGGUGGAAUUCAUUACCCUCGUGCUACUCCUCAGAUGUGGCCUGACCUGAUUGCAAUGAGCAAGGAGGGUGGAGCAGAUGUAAUCGAAAGUUAUACAUUUUGGAAUGGGCAUGAACCAGUCAGAGGGCAGUAUAAUUUUGAAGGAAGGUUUGAUCUUGUCAAGUUUGUGAAGCUAGUGGGAGACAGUGGACUCUAUUUCCUUCUUCGUAUAGGUCCUUAUGUUUGCGCUGAGUGGAAUUUCGGGGGCUUUCCUGUCUGGCUGCGAGAUAUCCCUGGCAUUGAAUUUCGAACCGACAAUGAACCUUUUAAGAGGGAGAUGCAGCGCUUUGUAACAAAGAUUGUGGAUUUGAUGCGGGAAGAGAAACUCUUCUCCUGGCAGGGUGGUCCUAUUAUCCUGUUGCAGAUUGAGAAUGAAUAUGGCAAUAUGGAGGGUUCAUAUGGACAGAAGGGGAAAGAGUAUGUCAAGUGGGCUGCUAACAUGGCUUUGGGACUUGGUGCUGGGGUUCCAUGGGUGAUGUGCAAGCAAACUGAUGCUCUGGGUGAUAUAAUUGAUACCUGCAAUAAUUAUUACUGUGAUGGUUAUAAACCAAAUUCCCCUAACAAACCAACGAUUUGGACUGAAAAUUGGGAUGGAUGGUACACCUCAUGGGGUGGAAGAUUGCCUCACAGGCCUGUUGAAGAUCUUGCUUUUGCAGUAGCACGUUUUUUCCAGCGUGGAGGGAGCUUGAUGAACUAUUAUAUGUAUUUUGGUGGGACAAACUUUGGCCGUACUUCUGGUGGGCCCUUCUAUAUUACUAGUUACGAUUAUGAUGCUCCUAUUGAUGAAUAUGGUUUAAGGAGUGAUCCAAAAUGGGGACACUUGAAAGAUCUUCAUGCUGCUAUUAAGCUCUGUGAACCAGCUCUAGUUGCUGCGGAUUCACCUCAGUAUAUGAAAUUGGGACCAAAGCAAGAGGUGCAUGUGUAUUGGAAAAACACUCAGAGGACUGGUCUGAACACUAGCCUUUCUGAAAGUCAAAGCGCAUGCUCUGCAUUUCUUGCAAAUAUUGAUGAGCGAAAGACAAUAACCGUAACAUUCCACAGUAAAUCAUACUCUUUGCCGCCGUGGUCUGUGAGCAUUUUACCAGACUGCAGUAAUGUAGCAUUCAACACCGCAAAGGUUGGAGCACAAACAUCCAUAAAACUGGUGGAGUAUGCCUUAUCUCCAAAAAUAUCUACACCUGAACUAGUCAUGACCACAAAUAAGGUUUCCAGUCUCUCAGAAUCUUGGAUGUCUGUGAAGGAGCCAAUUGGUAUAUGGAGUGAGAACAAUUUUACAGUUCAAGGCAUGUUGGAGCACUUGAAAGUGACAAAGGAUGAAUCUGAUUAUCUCUGUCAUAUGACCAGGUUAACUCUGGUUUACUCUUGGAUUAGCAUUUAGCACCCUAAUUCAUUUUUCCUUUUUCUGUUUGGUUAUUAUUUAUAUUAAGUUCCCUUCUUUUAGAACUAACUUCUUAACGGACUGAA